AUGGCUUAAAUGCAACAACAUCCAUAGAUGUUUGAAUAGGACAUGAUAGGAGCUAUCAAGAUAAAAGAUGGCCUCUUUAUUGGUGAUGAAUUGGCUAGUCAAGAUCUUGAAUUUGUUGUGGCUAAUAAAGUAACUCAUAUUAUCAACUGUGCAGGCAAAUAAAUACCAAAUCACUGGGAGCCUAUAGGAAUUGUUUUGGAUGUUAAAGAUGAAGCAUCAAAUGCAAUAUUUGAAUUCAUUGAGGAGGCUGUUGAAGCAACAGAGAGUGUAUUAGUUCAUUCAGUUAGAGGUUAGAGUAGAGCAACAUGCUGCUUAGCUGCUUAUAUAAUGAGAAAGUAUCGCUGGUCUUUAUUGAAAACUCUCGAGUUCUUAAACUCAAGAAGGCCUGAUUUAGAGAUUAGAGCUACUUUUAUUCAUUAACUGUCAGCAUAUGAGGCGAGACUUUAAAAUUAAUUAAAAUUGCCGAUCACUUAAAAAUGGGAUGAGAUCUCUAAUCCAAGAGUAAAUAUCGAAUGUGAGGAGCUUGUUUUGAGAAAUACAUUUGUAAAUGCUCAGAUGGGUCCCUUAGCAGAUUUAAGAGUUUUCAAUGAUGAAGGUAUAGAGGAUACUGCACCUCAAGUAGCUGCUAUUAAAUGGCUUGAUGGCCAUGAAAAUGACAAAAUAAAGUUGAUUACCAAUAAAUCAGAAGAUGAUUUAAUCUAUAAAGAGGAAGUAGGAGCAAUUUAAAAUCACAAGGAGCAUCAUAGGAGACCUAAAAGAAUAAUCAAACCAUUCUCUUUAGAUAUGACAGAGGUCACUGGAGUUUAAAAUAUCUAGAAUAUAAAGGCUUUACUAGCUUAGUAAAGUCAUCGUUAACCAACUUAGGAACAAAAUAUUUAGCAAAAGCAAAAAUCUGAAAAUAGCAAGCAAACUCCUAAGAAAUAAAAUCAAGUAACAUAGUCAGAUUAAAUAAAAGACAUUUUUUAUCAAAAAAAGGAAGAAAAAACUAACAAUAAUAGUGAUUUGUAAAUAAUGAGUGCCGAUGAAUUAGACGAGAAUGAUGAUAUUAUAGAUCAAGUAAUAGAGGAGGAUAUUAAACAGCAAAAUCUUGAUUUAAAUUUGAUGUCAGAAGAUGACAUUAAGAUACAAAAAAUCUCAAAAAAGGAUGAGAAAGAUCUUUCGCCUAGUAAAUUAGGAAAAAAGGUACCGUCAUAAUAAAAUAUAUAAGAUAGUAAAAUCAUAAAGACUGAUUAAGGGACCCAUCCUAUGAAUAAUUCUUAGAAAUUAAGCUAGCCAAGUACUUAGGAUAAAAAGAUUAGCAGACUUGAAAUAUAAAGUGAUGAUGAUAAGAGGCCAUUAAUUCUAUCAAGAAAUGCUAUUAUGAAAGCUGAAUCUGCUAAUACUGAAAUAACAUAACAGAGGUCGACAUAUUAGAAAGAGCUAAUUGGAUAAAAAGAGCUACCUAAUUAGUAAUCUAUAAAUAUCUACUUUACAAUGAUUGGUGGUGAUAUUCCCAAGACCACUGCAUAAAUAGCACCAGCAGUUUAAUAAAAUCAAAAAUAGUUUCCACCUAGAACUUCAUCUACACCCGAUUAGAUUAAUCCUCGAAAUCCACCAAGUUUUAUUCCUAUGUAAUAAUCUCAGCAAUAAGUGAUAAAGGCACAAAAAGGAAAAUCUAAGGCAAACAAUACAAGAUCAUUAAGCCUAACUUCUCAAAAAGAGAUUUUCGGAAACUAAAUUAAUACUCAAGCUCAUAAUUAGACUGCACUCUACUAGUAAAAUCCAAUGAAUUUAAUGUAGUCUUAAAUAGAAACUUUAUCUAGAACUCAAGUUUUGAAUGCAUCAGCAUUUACCACUGGAAAUAUUUAUAAAAAGAAAUAAGUUGCCGGAUUUAAUCAAACUGUUGCAAAUAUUGUGAAGAAAGAACUUCUUAAAAGAAAUGAAAGUCCAAGAAGUAGGAGAUAGGUAUUAUCUAAUAUAGCAGCUUAGAACAAAAAGAGUAUAUUUGGAAAUAAUUUAUCAGGAAUUCCAGGUUUUGGGGGAUCAAUGCAUACUCAGCCAAUGGGUUAGCUUGGUAAUAUUAAUAACUUUAAUAUGUACGGGACCCAAGAUCUUACAUAUUUUCCAGGUGAAUCAAAGUUAUUCUAGUAAAUGCCUGUUAGAAUCGGAACUCACUAAUUUAAAGCUACGAAUGCUCAAUAGAAAUUAAAAUAAAAGAAGAAUAUGUUCUCAGAAUAAUAAAAUAGUCUCAAUCAAAGCCUGAUCAAUUAACAGAAUCAGUUAUUUAAUAGAACUGGGCCUAUAAGGUUGAAUAAUUAAGUCAUUCAAACCUAGAGUGAUGAUGAUCAAAUAUUAUUGUAAAGUGAAAUUCAGGAGUAGAGAACUGGUUUCAAGAUUAAGAAUCAAAGCAUGACCAAGAGUGGGCAGCCAUAUAAUAUCAUAUAUCAAAACAGUAACUAGCAUCAAAGAAAAGCUAAUUCAAUUCCAAAAACUUCAGCUGUCGAAUCCCCUUAAGCUGCAUUGAUCUAAAACUAGAUAUAGCAUAGAAAUCAUAGCUUAGGCUAAUCUGAAAAGAAAAAUACUUAAGUAAGUAUCAGCAAUGGUUUUAGGCCUGGAACAGCUCCCCAUUAGAAUCCUACUGGCAUGAUAUAAUAAUAGUAGCAAACAUAAAAAAGACCUGUUAGUCCUUUUACUAAAAUGAAUCAAUAGGCAUCUAAUUAGCUUAAAAGUAAGAAACAUUUCUCUUAUUAAGUAUAUAUAGAUCAUGUUCAAUAGAAGAGACUUUCAGACGCUCAAUAGCAAAGCUUCAAGUAAAGAGUUGGAGAAUUAAGAUCUUAGUCACCAGGUGGAUAAAAACUAAGCAAUAAUAGCUAGGGAAGUUAAAUCAUACAAAACUAAGGAAAUAGCUUAGUUAUCAAUGGAGGAAUUGUAUAGAGUGGCCCAUUUUUCCCAAUUAAUAAUAACUCUAGGGGCAUAAGUCCUUACUCAAGAGGACAAGGUAUUAUUGGCACUUAAAGUACAAAUUCACACCACAAGCAGCAAUGA